CACCGAAAGCACCACAGUUCCUGGCAGGAAGUUCCCCGAACAUUCAGCAAUGAAACUUACGGUGAUUUUCCUCGUCCUUGCGGCAUUCGUUGCACUUGCAGUCGCUGCUCCACCCAACCCGCAGCAGGAUGGCCAUCAACCACAACCGAGAUCGCAGGAUAGCGACUCGAGCAGCAGUUCCUCGGAGAGUGGUUCCGAUGCGGAUCAAUCCGGUGAUGGUGGCGCACCCGGCGUACAUCAGAUAAGCUUCGGUGGACGUCUUCCACCUCGACCGUGGAGGCCGUUUCCGGGACUUCCACCCUUCCGGCCACCGUGGAUCCCACGACCACCAUUCGGACGACCGCCUUUUGGACGCCCACCAUGGUGGGGACGACCUCCCUUCUGGCCACAGCGACCCACUAGCACCGUAGAGCCGGAAACAACCUCAGAAGCUGGCUCAAGUACGACUUCGGAGGAGUCAUCGACGACCACUGAGGAGGCCACAACUACUGAGGAGGCCACAACUACUGAGGAGGCAACAACUACUGAGGAGGCAACAACUACUGAGGAGGCAACAACUACUGAAGAGGCGACAACUACUGAGGAGGCCACAACUACUGAGGAGGCAACAACUACUGAGGAGGCAACAACCACCACAGAAGAGGCCACAACUACUGAGGAGGCCACAACCACCACGGAAAGCUCCUCAGAUUAAGUAGCAUGUGUCGUCCUUUCGACGAGGAACCCAACGUGAUUGUUCUGUCCCCCUGAAUCGAAGCAAUAAACCUCAACCGAUAAUCUACAGCA